UAAUGAGAACAGCUCAGAUGGUCAUGGCUCGAGACACCAUGAGGAUUUUUCUUCUCCUAGUAUCUGUUGAGCUUUGUUGGGCACAAUACAGCCCAAAUACAAAGCCUGGAAAGACCUCUGUUGUCCACCUCUUCGAAUGGCGUUGGGCUGACAUUGCUGCUGAAUGUGAGCGUUAUUUAGCACCUAAUGGAUAUGGUGGAGUUCAGAUCUCUCCUCCAAAUGAAAACCUCAUAGUUACGAGUCCAAUGAGGCCAUGGUGGGAAAGAUACCAGCCCAUCAGCUACAAACUAUGUUCACGAUCUGGAAAUGAGAGUGAAUUUCGAGACAUGGUGAACAGAUGCAACGCAGUGGGAGUACACAUUUAUGUGGAUGCUGUCAUCAACCACAUGUGUGGAGCUGCAGCUGGAUCUGGUAGCGCUUCUACUUGUGGAAGCUACUUUAAUGCAAUGACCCGAGAUUUUCCUGCUGUUCCAUACUCCAGCUGGGAUUUCAAUGAUUUUAAAUGCAAAACACCAAGUGGAGAGAUUGAAAAUUAUAGUGAUCCUUACCAGGUUCGUGACUGUCGCCUGGUUAGUCUCCUUGACCUUGCACUAGAGAAGGACUACGUGCGUUCCAAAAUUGCAGAGUAUUUGAAUCACCUAAUUGACAUUGGAGUAGCAGGAUUUCGAAUAGAUGCUUCCAAGCAUAUGUGGCCUGGGGACAUGAAGGCGUUUUUAGACAAGCUAAACAACCUGAACACUCAAUGGUUUGCUGAAGGGACAAAGCCUUUCAUCUACCAAGAGGUGAUUGACCUGGGUGGAGAAGGAAUUAAAAGCAGUGACUACUUUGGAAAUGGCCGGGUAACUGAAUUCAAAUAUGGGGCUAAACUUGGAAAAGUAAUCCGCAAGUGGGAUGGAGAAAAGAUGGCGUAUUUAAAGAACUGGGGAGAAGGCUGGGGUUUUAUGCCAUCUGACAGAGCUCUUGUGUUUGUGGAUAACCAUGACAAUCAGAGGGGUCAUGGUGCAGGUGGAGCCUCCAUUUUGACGUUCUGGGAUGCUAGGCUGUAUAAAAUGGGAGUUGGCUUCAUGCUUGCUCACCCUUAUGGGUUUACCCGUGUAAUGUCCAGUUUCCGUUGGCCAAGGUAUUUUGAGAAUGGAAAGGAUGUUAAUGAUUGGGUUGGACCUCCAAGCAAUGCUGACUGGUCAAUUAAAACUGUUACAAUUAAUCCAGACACAACCUGUGGUAGUGACUGGGUCUGUGAACAUCGGUGGCGCCAAAUACGGAACAUGGUGAUUUUUCGCAAUGUUGUGCAUGGACAACCGUUUACCAAUUGGUGGGACAACGGCAACAAUCAAGUGGCCUUUGGGCGUGGCAAUAAAGGAUUCAUUGUCUUUAAUAAUGAUGACUGGAACUUGUCUGAAACUUUGCAAACUGGCCUUCCUGCGGGAACCUACUGUGAUGUAAUUUCUGGACAAAAGGAAGGUGAUGGAUGCACUGGGAUUAAAAUCCACGUAAACAAUGACAGCACUGCUUAUUUUCAGAUUAGCAACUAUGCUGAAGAUCCAUUUGUUGCAAUCCACGUCGAUGCUAAAUUAUAAAUCAAGUUAAAGAAAUGCAUUCCUUUGAUCUUGCCUCCCUUAAUCAUA